AUUAAGUAAUCAUGUUUCCUUUGGUCUAUGUUCUUUCAUUGUUACUCUUACUCUUCUUUUUCUUCAACUUAAAAUACUUUAAGCGAUCUUCUAGUAGUAAGAAAAACCUACCUCCCUCACCACCACGACUACCGGUGAUCGGUAACCUCCACCAAAUCGGCCCACUCCUCCACCACUCCCUCCAUUCGUUAUCCCAAAGUCACGGUGGCCCGGUCAUGCUCAUCCACUUGGGCUCAGUCCCAACCCUAGUGGUCUCAUCAGCCGAAGCAGCCCGUGUGAUUAUGAAAACACAAGAUCUCAUGUUUGCCAAUAGACCCAACGUAAAAAUGUGGAGAAAACUCCUUUGUGACCUAAAAGAAGUCUCGGUAGCACCUUAUGGUGAGUAUUGGAGGCAAGUUAAAAGCAUCAUGGUUGUGCAUCUACUAAGCAACAAAAAGAUUGAAACGUAUCGUGAAGUGAGAGACCAAGAGAUCGCCUUAGUAGUAAAAAAAAUCGCCGAGAAUUCAUCUAGUAAGAAGAAAGUGGUGGAUUUGAGUGAUUUGUUUGUGAAGUUUACUAACGAUGUCGUGUGUAGGGUUACGUUUGGAAACAAGUAUAGUGAAGGGGAGAGUGGCAAGAAGUUUAGGAAAAUGUUGAGUGAGUUUUUUGAGGUGUUGGGUGGUUUAAAUCUAGGAGAUCUUCUUCCGAAACUUGCAUGGGUAGAUCGGGUGAGAGGAUAUGAGGCUAAAGUAGAUAAGGUCGCUAAUGAGCUCGGUGAAUUCUUGGACGGUAUCGUGGAGGAGCGGCUAAGGAAACAAUCGACGGAUGGCGGUGGCGGUGAAAAUUUCUUUGUUGAUAUAUUGCUAAAGAUCCAAAAAGAGGAUAGCAUAGGUGUUACGCUCGACAGACUUGCUAUCAAAGCACUUCUUUUGGAUGCAUAUACUGCUGGAACUGACACCACCGCAACAGUAUUAGAAUGGACAUUUGCGGAACUCGUAAAACAUCCCAAGGUUCUAAAGAAAGUACAAGAUGAAGUGAGGAUGGUUCUCAAUGGAAAACAACAAAUAAACCAAGAUGAUAUUGACAGUAUGAAGUACUUGAAAGCAGUCUUGAAAGAAACCCUUCGACUGCAUCCCCCGAUCCCAACGCUAGUUCCACGAGUAGCAAGCCAAGAUGUGAAUGUCAUGGGCUACGACGUUGCAAAAGGAACCAGGGUUAUCAUUAAUGCAUGGGCCAUUGCAAGAGACCCUAAAGUGUGGGAUGAACCCCAUGAGUUUCGACCUGAGAGGUUCUUGGAUUCAACAAUUGAUUUCAAAGGGCAUGAUUUCGAUUUGAUUCCAUUUGGCGCUGGAAGAAGAGGGUGUCCAGGGAUUUCAUUUGCAAUGACAACCAAUGAACAUUUGUUGGCUAGUCUUUUGCACAAGUUCGAUUGGGAGUUGCCAAAUAAAGGGAAGGAAAAUGAUUUGGAUAUGAAUGAACGCCCUGGCCUUACUAUUCGUAAGAAAGUUCCGCUUUUGGUUGUUGCGCGCGACGCCUUUCUCUCCAUAAAUUAAUACUCGUACGUACAAUUAUGAUUCUAUAAAUACUCCGUAUUAAUUAGUAUGUUUACAUGUAUUUGUAUAACUAAUUAUCCAAUAAAAGUGUCUUUGGUCA